AUGUUUGUUUUAGUAAACAACGCAAGUUGCAUACUUGAUUGCUGGAAAAAGAGAUCAGACGAUUCCAAGGAAGAUGCAGAUGAACUGACGGGAUUGUCAGAAGCAGAGAGUAAAUCGAGUGUGCUGCCAUCUAUUGGUCAGAAGUUAAGGAAGUUCAAAAAUGGCUUCCUCCCAGCAGAGAGAGAUGUCAAACCCCAUAUGACUCAUAAUGUUUUUAGAAAUCAAAGCAAAUACUCAUUGAAAUUUCAAUCGAAAAGUAUGGCUGAAGCAAGGCGUAAAAAACUACAGGAGUUGUUGAAAAGGCCAGGGAAUAAUACUUGUGCAGAAUGUGGAAAAAAAAAUCCAGAAUGGGGAUCCUUCAAUAUUGGAGUAUUUAUCUGCACCUCUUGUGCUGGAUUUCACAGGAACCUAGGCUCUCACAUUAGCAAAAUUAAAUCUGUUGUUUUAGACAAUUGGGAUGCAGAUCAAGUGAGCAUGAUGGAGGAAGUAGGAAAUAUCAAAGCAAAAGCAAAAUAUGAAGUUUUUAUUCCGGUAUGUUACAGACGACCUUGUGAUACAGAUCCUGAUGUUUUGAAAGAACAAUUUAUUAGAGCCAAGUAUGAACGUGAAGAAUUUAUUCACGUUGAUCGCCAANGAUUCCGAACUUACCAUGAGUUGAUUUCUGCUGCUGCCCUGAUCCAAUUAGCUAUUGUGAAGAACCGUGGUUAUAGCCCUAGUUCCGGCUUGAAGCUCACCCAGCUUCAGAUGGAUGGGUACCAGUUUGUCUGGGAUGCUCAUAAAGAACCAAAAGCCAUCAUCGAGGUUUCUAAACUGAACAUGACAUUUUGUCCUAAGAAAAUUGGUAAUCCUAAUGGAGCACAAUUUACAUAUGUUCGAGAUGGUUCCACUAGAAACAUAUUUGUUUACAGUACAACUGGAUCUGCUAUUGUUGACUGGUUCAUGGCUAUUCGUUCUGUGAAGUUAAAUAAAUUGCUUAUUGCAUAUCCUGGUACCAGUGAGAUAGAACUGUCCCAAUAUUUAACAAGAGACUUUUUAAAAGAAGGCUGGAUGUUUAAGACUGGACCUAGAGCAAGUGAUGCUUACAAGUGGAGGUGGUUUACGCUGGAUGAUCGAAAACUUAUGUACUUAGAAGAUCCUUUGGAUCCUUAUCCAAAAGGGGAAGUGUUCCUUGGUUAUCAUGGAGAUGGAUUUUCAGUGAAGCAAGGUGUGCCUCCUGGCAUGAAGGAACAAGGAUUUGGUUUUACAUUAAAGACUCGUGAAAGGACAUUUUUGUUUGGUGUUCAAAGAGAAGAGGAUAGAACUGAGUGGAUGAAAGUCUUACAGAGUGUUAUUGACCGGCCAUUAACACCUCAAGAUAAUACUAUGGCAGCAAAUUUGGUUAGAAAAAGAGGAACAUUCAAUUCUCCUCUUCAUCUUUUAAAAGUGAGGUAGUUAAGGUUAAGAUUUAGAAGACUAUUGAUUUCUUUUGUAAGAAUUUUUAAAAAUCACUUAAACUGGAAGACUGAUUUACAGACAAGUUUGUAAAUUUUAGAAAUCUACAGGAAUAUAUGUUCUCCUCAAAGGAGCUCUGAUGUAUAUUUUUUGCUAAGCAACCUGUAAAUAAUAUCUUUUCUUUUCCCAUUAAGUUAACCUUCCAUCCAUUGAAAUUCACAUAUUGUGUUAUGUAAUGUGAUAAUUUUUAAUAGCAAUUUUUUUUUUAUAAAAAUAGAAAAAUGAAUUUAAAAGAUAAAUAUUUUUUCCCCUCCAAACUGUAUUCAGUUAGUAUUUGUUUUAAUAUUAGAAAAUUAGUAGUAAGGAAUAUAGACUUUUUCAAUUUUUCUAAUCAUAAAAAGAUGCUAUCAAUUUUUUUUGUAAGCAAUGCAUCUUGUUCUAAGCCAAAGCAAUCUUAAGCUGAACCUAUUCAAUGCUACAGCUCUACACUGAUUCACUCUAUCUGCUUUAUACUAUCCAUCCAGUGGAUUACCUUCCUCUUCGCCAUUCUCCAUUUUAUACUCUAAAAGGUUAUCUUUUUUAGUUGGAUAUACUUUAUCAUAUCUAUGUAUUCUAAAUUAGACUGAUAGUUUUCAUAAAUUUAUAGCCAGAAUGAUUUGCGUGACAGGAUAUAAAUUUUUCCUCCCUUUAUUCCUGUUUUUCAUUAAAAAUAUUUCCUACAUAUGACGCUACAGGUAUUAAACCUAUAGCUCAAUAAAAAAAAAAG